AACACAGGGGGUCCGAAAUAGGCGAUGCUUCCACACUGACCAAUAAAUCAGCUAAAGACUUGCACGCAACCUACAAUCGAUAUGUAUACACAGCUACCCUGAGCUAUACAGACUCUCAACUCAUUCAUGGCAUCAUCACCAUUGUCGAUAUCAUCACUCUUCUCAACCCCAUCUUCCUCUUCAAUCUCCCAGCCAAAUCCCUCUUGUCUGCCAACUUUCUCGAACAAAAAGGCUCAAACAAAAUCCAUCUCCACCCCACUUAGAGUAGCUUCUCCUACAACAUCUUCAUCUUCGUCUUCAUCAACAACAAAUCCCCCCCAAGACACUAAAGAAGAAGCUCAAACAGCUGAUACUAAAUUUUCCUGGAGAGAUCAUUGGUACCCUGUUUCACUCAUUGAAGAUCUAGAUCCUUCUAGAGCUACCCCUUUUCAGCUGCUCAACCGUGAUCUUGUUAUUUGGUUUGAUAAUUCGGCUUCUCAGUGGGUUGUUUUCGAUGACAAGUGUCCUCAUCGCCUUGCCCCUUUAUCUGAAGGAAGGAUAGAUGAGAAUGGUGAUCUGCAAUGUUCAUACCAUGGUUGGUCUUUUAAUGGUUCCGGGUCUUGUACGAGGAUCCCUCAGGCAUCUUCUGAGGGACCGGAAGCUCGAGCUGUUGGGUCACCCAAGGCUUGUGCCACCAGGUUUCCAACCAUGGUAUCUCAAGGUUUGCUCUUUGUGUGGCCUGAUGAAAAAGGGUGGGAAAGAGCUAAUGCCACCAAACCUCCAUUGUUGCCUGCUGACUUUGAUAAACCAGAGUUCUCAACUGUCACAAUCCAGCGUGAUUUGUUUUAUGGCUAUGAUACCCUCAUGGAGAAUGUUUCAGAUCCUUCCCACAUCGAUUUUGCUCAUCACAAGGUUACGGGAAGGAGGGAUAGAGCCAAACCAUUGCCAUUUAAAAUGGAUUCCUCUGGUCACUGGGGCUUUGCCGGAGCAAAUGAUGGGAAUCCACGAAUCAGUGCGGAAUUUAUCGCCCCUUGUUAUUAUAUAAAUAAAAUUGAGAUCGACACUAAACUUCCUAUUGUUGGUGAUCAAAAAUGGGUAAUAUGGAUUUGCUCCUUCAAUGUACCAAUGGCGCCUGGGAAGACCCGUUCCAUAGUGUGCAGUGCUCGAAACUUCUUUCAGUUAACAAUGCCCGGGCCUGCCUGGUGGCAGGUUGUUCCUAGAUGGCAUGAGCAUUGGACAUCGAACAAGGUAUACGACGGGGACAUGAUUGUGCUUCAGGGUCAAGAGAAAGUGUUCCUUUCAAAGUCAAUGGAGAGUUCUACUGAUGUCAACAAGGAGUACACAAGUAUUACUUUUACACCAACGCAAGCUGAUCGUUUGGUCCUGGCAUUCAGAAAUUGGCUUAGACGGCAUGGCAACAGCCAACCCGAAUGGUUUGGUGUUCCCAAUCUUCAGUCCUUGCCAUCUACAGUUUUGUCCAAACGACAGAUGUUGGAUAGGUUGGAGCAGCACACAUUGAAAUGUGAAUCAUGUAGAAAAGCAUACACAAGUUUCCAGACACUGCAGAAGUUCCUAAUUGGUGCAUCUGUCGCCUUUGCUGCCACUGCGGGUGUUCCAUCAGACAUGAAGUUCCGAAUCAUAUUGGCUGGAAGUGCGAUUAUCAGCACCAUUCUAGCUUACAUAAUAAAUGAUCUCCAAAAGAAUUUUGUAUAUGUGGACUACGUCCACGCUGAAAUUGAUUGAAUCUGAGAAGGGUGGCAGUAAGAGAGAGUAUAUAUCUGGCAGCUUUAGAAUACAGCAACUAGAAGACAGAUAUCACAAGGGUUCUGUAACUUGACAUCUUGCAUGCUAACCAAACACAAAGCAGAAACUUGUAUAUGUACCAUAUAGGAAUUCUAUUUAUUAUUUGUA